AUGAGUUCUCCUAAACGGCGCAUUGAGAGCGAUGUGAUGAAACUACUGAUGAGCGACUACGAGGUGAGUCUGGUGGACGACAACAUGCAAGAGUUCUAUGUGAAUUUCGAAGGCCCCAAGGACUCGCCGUACGAGGGUGGGCUGUGGCGGAUCCACGUGGAGCUGCCUGACCAAUACCCGUACAAGUCGCCGUCGAUCGGGUUCCAGAACAAGAUCUUCCACCCCAACAUAGACGAGUCCAGUGGCUCGGUGUGUCUGGACGUGAUCAACCAGACGUGGUCGCCCAUGUUUGACAUCUUCAACAUCUUCGAGACGUUUCUGCCGCAGCUACUCAACUAUCCGAAUGCCGCAGACCCGCUCAACGGGGACGCAAGCUCGCUCUACAUGAGAGAUAAGAAUUUGUAUGUGGAGAAGGUUAAAAUGUAUGUCAAAAAUUACGCGGACCCAGCCACAAUCCGCAACGGCGGCGCGGACCAGGAGGAAGACGAGUCGGACUCGAGCGACGCCGACCUCAGCAGCGUAGACGAGAUGGUGGGCGAAAUCGACCUCUGA